AUGAUGGACAAGUUCCGGAUGGUCUUCCAGUUCCUGCAGUCCAACCAGGAGUCCUUCAUGAAUGGCAUCUGCGGCAUCAUGGCCCUGGCCAGCGCCCAGAUAUACUCGUCCUUCGAUUUCAAUUGCCCCUGCCUGCCCGGCUACAAUGCAGCCUACAGUGCCGGCAUCCUGCUGGCUCCGCCCCUGGUGCUCUUUCUGCUCGGCCUGGUCCUGAACAACAACGUGUCCAUGCUGGCCGAGGAGUGGAAGCGGCCACCGGGACGCCGGGCCAAGGACCCCGCCGUGCUGCGCUACAUGUUCUGCUCCAUGGCCCAGCGCGCCCUCAUCGCACCUGUCGUCUGGGUGGCCGUCACACUGCUUGAUGGCAAAUGCUUCCUCUGUGCCUUCUGCACUGCUGUGCCCGUGACCGUGCUAGGCAAUGGCAGCCUGGCGCCUGGCUUGCCUCCGUCCGAGCUUGCCCGCCUGCUGGCCCGGGUGCCUUGCCCAGAGAUCUAUGAUGGGGACUGGCUGCUGGCCCGAGAGGUAGCCGUGCGUUACCUGCGCUGCAUCUCCCAGGCACUGGGCUGGUCCUUCGUGCUGCUGACCACACUGCUGGCAUUUGUCGUGCGCUCUGUACGACCCUGCUUUACUCAGGCCGCCUUCCUCAAAAGCAAGUACUGGUCUCACUACAUAGAUAUCGAGCGCAAGCUCUUCGAUGAGACGUGCACAGAGCACGCCAAGGCCUUCGCCAAGGUCUGUAUCCAGCAGUUCUUCGAGGCCAUGAACCAUGACCUAGAGCUGGGUCACACCCACGGGGCGCUGGCUACAGCCCCUGCCAGCUCAGCUGCCCCAGCUACCGACAGCGCCGAGGAGGACAAGGAGAAGCUGCGAGGCAUCACCGAUCAAGGCACCAUGAACAGGUUGCUCAUGAGCUGGCACGAAUGCAAACCUCCACUGAGGCUGGGCCAGGAGGAGUCGCUGAUGGGCAAUGGCUGGGCUGGGGGUGGGCCCCGGCCUCCACGCAAGGAGGUGGCCACCUACUUUAGCAAAGUGUGA